AAAGACGGGACGUCUGCACGGCCGGUCUUACGCGCGGUGUGUGGAGCCAAGCUUGUGAGAAGGGCGCUACGGCAGCCUCGGGCGUCGACUCAGGCUUCUGCUCUCGCACUCGUCCUAGCUUCUGCCAAAUCCAUAUUCGUCGCGUUGCCGUAAAUGUUGGGCCCCUCUUUAAUGCGCCGAGAGCUAUCGGCAAAUCUCUUAUUUUUGUACUUGCUUCGGACCUCGGCUGCCGUAGUGACUCCGCCAGAACGCCCAGCUUGGGCGCGGGGCUAUGUGGCCUUCCAUAAAGACAGGUCGGGAAUGAAGGCCUCUGCCACAGCUAGCGCCGCAGCUGGCAACGCGGCACACGAUCAGGGCCAUUUUUUUACACGUUCCAGUCCUUUCGGUCGGGUCGACGGGUCUUCAGCCGGCCGUAGCUCGCCCUCCAAAAGGGAUCCUUGUGGAAGCAACGCCGGGAAUCAUGUGAGCAGUUUGAGCAAGACGAGCCAUAGCAUCAGGACAUCGGCGUCAGCCAAGGCCUCAUUGUACGCUGGAAACACCUUGGAAGUCGCCCCGCCCCAAGUCUGCAUCCGGACGGCGAGGCGGGAGGAUAUCCCCGCUAUCGAAGCCUGCAACCUGAAGACACUGCCCGAGAACUACCCGAACGCCUUUUAUUACAACCACUUGCUACAGUGGCCGUACUUGGCUCUGGUAGCGGAGAGGCAGACUCCUGCUCGCGGUGAGGGAGAGCGCGGUGCCGGGGCCGCGACCGAUGCGGGCGAGAUGGGGGGGGAGGGGAAGAAGAUUGUGGGGUACGUGUUGGGCCGCG